AUGGAUGAAGAAACAUUAAACAGAUUAGCUGCAGAAGCAUUAAUUGAAGAAGCUAAAAUAGGAGCAAGAAGAGCUGAAGUGAUGGGUCCAAGUGGAUGGGUAAAGCCCAGAGAAACAAUCAAUAAACGAUUUCUGCAUUCAACACUGCGUAAUGCAAUAAUAUCAAACAAACACCGACACAAAGAGAGUAAGGACCGGGACAGUUCAAAGUCACGUAAAAAAAAUUAA